GAAGAUAGACUACUACUUUAACUUCGCAUAUCUCGUACCUUGCAAGCCGGUUGGAGCGAGCUAAUUUUGCCGGCGGUAGUGAUAACUGUGUAAAAGACUAAUUCUUCUAAUUAAUUAUGGCUGAUCAACAAUAUUCUCAGUACCCUGCAGGCCAGACUGGGUAUUCAUACGGUGGUUAUGGAGGAGAUUCAUCAUAUUCUCAAAGUGGUUAUGGUGGGACAAGUAGUGGUGCAUAUACAGGUUCAUCUGCUGCUAGUUGGGGAGGUUCAUCUGCACCUACUGGCAGUUCUGCAUACAGUGGUUAUGGUACUGAUCAGUAUGGGUCAAGCCAACAGCAGUAUGGAUAUGGACAACAACCUUCUGCAUCCUCAUAUUCAGCAGGAAGCUAUUCUGCAUCAGCUCCACAGAGCCAGUCAGCUUAUUCAGGUUCUCCAGGCUAUGGUUCAUAUGGUGGCUCUGCACCUACAGGCUAUGGUAGCCAGCCUCCCAGCAGUGGUGUAGGUUCGUCUGCUGCUCCACCAACUCCUGCAUAUGGUGCUGGUGCUCCUCCAUCAACUGGUGCUUCAACUGUACCGCCUGUUGGCCCACCAUCUCAAGGACCCCCUGGUCAUGGCAUGCCACCACCACCUGGAGGUUAUGGUGGCCCUCCUGCUGGAGAUUAUAAUCGUCCACCUGGUGGAUAUGGUGGACCAAUGCCACCUAGUGGUCCUGGACCUAUGGCUGGAGGUCCAGGUACUGAUGGAUAUGGAGGCCCUCCCAUGGGCUAUGGUGGACCUGGUGGUGGAAGAGGUGGAUUUCAAGGAGGUCCAGGAGGAUAUGAUAGAGGCAGCCGAGGAGGAGGUGGUGGCUAUGGUAACCAAGGUCCUGGCCGGGGAGGUUUCAAUAAAGGAGGUAGAGGAGGAUUCCAGUACAAUGGUGGAGGUGGAAACUAUGGAGGUGAAGAGAUUCAGGAUACAGUUUUUGUGUCUGGCCUACCCGAAGGUGUCAAUGAGGAUGACCUCUCCAAUUAUUUUGGAGCUAUUGGUGUAAUCAAAAUGGAUAAGAGAACUGGCAAGCAAAGAAUAUGGAUCUAUAAAGAUAAGCUAACGGGGAAAGGUAAAGGAGAAGCUACAAUUACAUAUGAUGAUCCCCCAACUGCAAGUUCUGCUAUUAAUUGGUUUGGAGGAAAGGAUUUCCAAGGCAAAAAAAUCAAUGUGCAGUUGGCACAACGUAAAUCACAACCUUUUGGUGGUGGACCUGGGGGUCCAGGUGGACGAGGCAGAGGUGGUGGUCGAGGCGGUGGACCUCGAGGUCGAGAUGAUGGUGGUCGUGGUGGUGGAGGAGAUAGAAGCUCUGGAGGAUCAGGUCGUGAUGGAGACUGGAAAUGUCUUAAUCCAGACUGUGGAAACAAUAAUUUCUCAUGGAGAGUGGAAUGUAACAGGUGUCAUGCGCCUAGACCUGAAGGCGUAGGAGGUGGUUUGCCUCCUGAUAGUGGACGAGGCCCAGGUGGUGGAAGUAGCAGAGGAAGUGGAAUGAGAGGUGGACGUGGCGGUGAUCGUGGUGGACGUGGCAGAGGAGGUCCUCCAGGAAUGGGAGGCCGUGGAGGUUUUGGUGGCGGACGUGGAGGUCCUGGUCGUGGUGGACCUAUGAGAGGGGGACCAGGGGGUGACAGAAGACAGAGACCAUACUAAUGAUUUAGUGGAAUAGUGGAAAGCAUUUUAUUAAUUUUGAAUUCAUUAAAUGGACUUACUAAGCACUAUCAUUGUCAUGAUGUCAUCAUUUAAGUUUUUCAUUGUGUAAAUUUUAAUAAAAUUUUCUUUUUCUGUA